UGCAGGAAAGUCUAACCAGAUAUUCCAAGUUCUACAGUAGUCGGUUCGGAUAUAAAGCUUUUGUGGCCCUGCUCCUUCUGUAGAGCUGUUUAUAUAUCAUUCGCGAAGUCCCCUUCCUUAGUUUUGUUUCACACAUUAUUUCAAGUUUCUACAUACUUUACUUUAGCUACUCUCGUUUCUAAAUUGAUCUAUCAGAUUUCCGCUGAGUCUAUGAUAUCACCAUUUUCAUACGUGUAACAAAACUUGCCGUCCAUACAUCAGUACAACGUAGUCGAGAUUUACCUUUUUGUUGACCAUUGAUAUACUGGUUGGUGGCGAAUUUAUAAGGCUCAAUCAUUGGAGUUUGUAAAAACCAUUGACUAUCAAUCAUAUCGUUCCAUACACUCAACUCUCAAAUCGAUCAAACCCAGGUUUCCACUAUCCACGAAUCAACCCCCGCCGUUCCCUCCCUUCACUCGCACCACGAAUUCUUUCAAUCCCUCCAAAAUGUUCAGCAAAACCUCCACCUCAACCCGAAAACCUCAUAUUCUAAUCUCGGGCUCCAGUAUCGCCGGUCCUGCCCUAGCCUACUGGCUCCAUCGCGCCUCCAUAGGAACCACAAUCAUCGAACGAUCACCCUUCUUACGUUCUGCCGGCCAAGGAAUUGACAUUCGAGGUCCUGCCCGCGGUGUUGUAGCUCGGAUGGGACUCGAUUCUGCCAUUCGCUCAAAGGUAACCCACGAACUAGGUCUACAAUUUGUAGACAAGACUGGUUACCCUAAAGCCUCCUUUCCCAUGGAUCCAAAUGGGAAUUCGUUUACGAGUGAUAUUGAGAUAUUACGAGGGGAUCUUUCAGAGGUCUUUUAUGAAAGUACCAAGGAGACAUGUGAGUAUAUUUGGGAUGAUUAUAUUACUGGGCUUGAAGAGAUGGAUGAAGCUGUUCUUGUUACUUUUGCAAAAGGAAAACAGAGAAUGUUUGAUUUGGUCGUCGGAGCCGAUGGAUUACGUUCAAAAACUAGACGUCUUGCUAUUCCCCUCCCAAAUGACGGUAUGAAAUCACUGAAUCAAUAUGCAACAUACUUUACCAUGCCUAAGCAAUCCCAAGACGAUGGAUGGGGGAAAUGGUAUAACGCCAGUCGUGGUCGUAUGGUAUUAAUGCGUCCGGAUAAUAUUCACCAUGGUACAACUACAAGAAUAUAUCUCAGUAUCACCGACCCAAACAAAACCUGCAAAUUAGUCAAUUAUCUGAAAAUGACACCCGAGGAACAAAAACGUGCGUGGAGAGAAGAAAUGAGUGGUAUGGGAUGGGAAAUCGAGAGAGUUCUAGAUGAAAUGGAUAAAGCUUCAGAUUACUACAUGCAAGAAAUCGCACAAAUAAAUCCCCCUCAAUUCUACAAAGGUAAAAUCGCUCUAGUAGGAGAUGCGGGAUAUUGUCCCUCUCCUCUGUCCGGAAUGGGAACUAGUUCAGCUAUCCUAGGAGCAUAUCAUCUCGCAGGAGAAUUGGGAGCAUGCGACGGGAAUUGGGAAGAAGGAUUGAAAAAGUAUGAGGAGAUCAUGAGACCGUUUAUGGAGAAUGUACAGAAACUUCCGCCUGGGGUUCCGGGAAUUGUUAGUCCGCAGACGGAAUGGGGGAUUACGGUUUUACAUGGGGUUUUGGGGGUUUUGUCGUGGACGAGGGUGGCGACUUUGUUUGGGGGGUUGGUUACCUGGGGUGAGAAGGUGGAUGACGGGUUGGAUAGGUAUGAGUGGAAGGAAUGAGGGUUGGGGUUUGGGGAUGGUGUUGGUUAUUAUUAAGAUUGUUUAUAGGAAGA